AUGGAGGAAGUGGAAGUGCUGUGGGAGUUAAUCGGAGACGACGUUUCCGAGCAAGGGCUACCUCCUGGUUUCAGGUUUCACCCAACAGAUGAAGAGCUUGUCACCUUCUACUUAGCCUCCAAGGUCUUCAACGGGGGUUUCUGCGGUGUGGACAUUGUUGAGGUCGAUCUUAACAGAUGUGAGCCGUGGGAGCUCCCAGAGGUGGCGAAGAUAGGGGAGAGGGAGUGGUACUUCUUCAGCCUAAGAGACAGGAAGUAUCCGACGGGGCUGAGGACCAACAGGGCCACCGGGGCCGGCUACUGGAAGGCUACCGGCAAGGACCGGGAGGUGCACAGCGCCACCAGCGGUGCCCUCGUGGGCAUGAAGAAGACCCUGGUCUUCUACAAGGGGAGGGCUCCACGCGGGGAGAAGACCAAGUGGGUCCUACACGAGUAUCGCCUCGACGGGGAAUACUACUGCCGCCUCGCCUGCAAGGAGGAAUGGGUGAUGUGCAGAAUAUUUCACAAGUCAGCAGGAGAUCAUAGGAAGAGUCAAUACUACCCAAACCACGCCUUCCUCUUGGACCCUUCCUCCUCUUCUAACCCUUGCUUUCCCUCAUUCCUCGACCUGCCACACCUGCAAGACCCCAUCCACAGCCUCCUUCAAAGCGGUAAACUUCCACCCUUCAACUUCUACCAAGAACCCAACUCACUCUUCCCCCUCCUUCCCCUGCCAUCAACAACUACCACACUUCCAUCCCUACAUGAAACGCGAUGCUCUUCCAACGACGACCGGAGCUUCCAGCCACCACAACAAGAAGAGACAGGGAUCCCUAGUUGGCUCGAUCCUUACCUCCAGAACCCUCUACUAUACGAAAUGGGUCUGCCUCCGCUUGGGCUAGGAGGAGUUGUUCAUCACGACCUAACCUUCAUGGACGAGACUGCAGCAGGAGAAUCUGGACCCCUGGUUUCUUAAGCUCUCCUACGUCUACCUGGCAGUCAAUCCAUCAACACUUAACAUCUACUAGUGUUUGCACAGUAUAUAAGGCGUUC